AAAGAAAGAAGCAAAGAGAUGUCGACGACGAACAGAUCAACAAAUAUUAUAUUGUUGACAACAUUUGUGAUUGCAUUGUUGUUAAUGUCAUCGAUGGUGGUGUUGGCAGGAAAGGAUUAUUAUGCAAUGUUGGGUGUCAGCCGAGACAGCUCACCAAGCGACAUCAAGAGAGCCUAUCGUAAACUGUCGUUGCAGUUCCAUCCAGACAAGAAUCCAGAGGCCGGCGAUAAAUAUGUCGAGCUGACACAAGCCUACGAAGUGCUUUCUGACGCUGACAAGCGUCGCAUCUACGAUCAGCACGGCGAGGAGGGUCUGAGUAGACAGCAGGGCGGCGGAGGCGGCGGCUUUG